CAGUAUUUAUUUCUUGGUUUCUAUCACAGGAGAACAUCAGGCAAGCUAAGCUCGCAGUCCAGAACAUCAGUAUAUAUACACAGAAGGAGGAGUCAAAGGAGCCUCUCCUGGAAAGACACGGAGCCCAAGCCAGGCUGGAGAAACCCCGGGGGCUGCGUCCCCCCAACAUUCAACCCUGGGACCCAUAAACCAGUCUCUGGGAAGCUGAGAAUGAAAUGCCCGUUGAGUUUGGAGAACCAGGAUGGAAAACAACCACAGAGCUACUACAGCCCAGGAGACCAUCUAAUCAGUAUAGUCACCACUGGAACGGAAAGAUUGCGUACAAAGUUGCCUUUCAACGUCGCUCCUUCUCUUCAGUUUGUUUUCCGUGAUCCGUCUUCUCACAAAUUUUAUUAUUGCUUACUAUUAAUUUUCAACAUUCAACUGGCCAACAAGAAUUCCCAUCUCCUGCACAAUCUCACACUGGGCUACAACAUCCAUGACAACUAUUGGAGCACUUUACGCACUUCAGAUGCCUUGCUGGACAUGCUCUCCACUGGAGAAGCCAAUGUCCCCAACUACAGUUGUGGAAGGAAGGAGAACCUUCUGGCUCUUCUUGAUGGAGCCAAGAGGGAGAUCUCCAUCCAGAUGUCAACAUUAGGAGGCACCUACAAAGUCCCACAGAUCAGUCAUGACAUUGCUUCAGAGGCUCUGAGUGAUAAAAGGAAAUUCCCCUUUUUCCACAAAAUGUUCCCCAAAGAAGGGAUCCAGUACCCAGCAAUUGUCCACCUGCUCCUCCAUUUCAGAUGGACCCUGAUUGGCCUUUUUGCUUCAGACACAGAAAAUGGAGAGAAUUUCAUGAGGAUUUUUCCUCCUGUGCUUGUCAGGAAUGGAAUUUGUGUUGUUAUAUCACAACUGUUCUCAACAACUGGAUACACAACAGCCCUCAGGGAUUCCCUCUCUAAGUGGAGACAUGUCAAC